AUGAAGAUUCUCGUCGUUUUCUCCGCCGCUUUUCUCGUGCUCUCGACGCACGGAUGCAUGCUCAAAGUGAGCGGUCCCACUGGCUCGAUGAGUGUCCUGCCGAUCGCCUCCUCCUCCGAUCGCAUCGCCACCGCCACCUAUUCGGAACAGGAUUGUGCGAGUGCGUGCGAGAAAAUGGCGAAUUGUAUGUACACGUUGUGGGCCGACAAUCAGUGUAAUCUCUAUCAACCGCCGCAAUCGGAAGCCAUCUAUCAAGCCGGAACUUAUGUGGUUUGGAGCAAGGUACUUGAAAUCACAACACGUCAACUUUCAAAUGGAUAUUGUAGAGUUCUGAGGCGUUCUAGUACCUUGAUUUCUUUUUCAACAUCAAAAUCAUGUCUAGUACUGUAUUUUUGCAGUUGACACUUUCUCAUUACCACCAUUCCCUGGGGUACUGUAGCUCCGGGAAGUUGGCAUGGGAAACCCUAACGCUUUUUGGUGGUCCUAACUUCAAAGCGUCACAGUACCCCAGGGAGUGAGCGCACAAAAAAGUUGUCAACUACAAAAAUAACGUACAAGAUGUGAACUUUCAUUUUGUAGUUGACAACUUUUCGAUCCAACCACUCGCUGGGUUACUGUAGCACUUUGAAGUUGGGUCCAUUCAAACGCUCAAGUGUUGCAAUGCCAACUUCCAAGCGCUACAGUACCCCAGAGAGAGGUCGCAGAAAAAAACCGUCAACUACAAAAAUAGUGUACUAGACGUGAAUAUUCUACUAAAACGCUCAAAAGCGUGCUACAACGUUUGCAAAGCCUACAAUACUCGUUCAAAAGCCAACCACAUUUUUUUUUUGCAGAUCCUCGAAGGAAUGUGCACGGCGGCAGUGAAUUUUCUGAGCCAAUCGAACUAUGUCUACGUGAACGCGACAAGAAAGACCCGUUAUUACAAGGACGCUUCCGGCCAGACCCACGUUGUUUCCUACGUUAAAUAA